AUGACUAAAGCACUUCACCUCAUCUUCGGCGGAACUAGGGUGGGCAAUACAGGUUGGAAUGGCGUCCCGCCUGAGGAUGCAACCGAUGAGGCAGCUCUCCAAAUCUUUGAAAUUCUCAAGAAAAACCACGUUAAAAUCAUCGACACUGCGCGCGGAUAUGGGAACUCAGAGGCAGCGCUUGGUCGCUUGAAAGCGGGUACGGAGCAUGGCUUCCUCAUCGACACCAAAUGGUUCGGCGGCACGUUCGAUCCGACAAGCACAACCAAAGACCGCAUCAUCUCCGACGCAAAAGAUUCCCUUGCUAAACUGGGAAUACCCAAGGUUCACACUUUCUCUUUGCACUCACCAGACGUGAAGCCAGAGAUCGAGGAAACGCUUGUCGCCAUCGAUGAAGUCUAUAAGCUCGGGGUUUUUGAGAACUUUGGCUUGAGCAACUUCAGCGCUGCCCAGGUACAACAGGUGUAUGAUAUUUGUAAAGCCAAAGGGUUGGUCCUACCCACAGUGUACCAGGGCCUCUACAGUCCUGUGAAUCGUAACGCGGAAGACGAACUUCUGCCGAUACUUCGAAAGUUGGGCAUUACUUUCAAUGCGUACAGUCCACUUGCGGGUGGCUUCUUGACCAACACCAAGUCUCACAUCUUGAACGGCGAAGGCAGAUUCGCCAAAGAACAUUUUGGAGGCUUGUACGGUGAGAUGUACAAUAAUGAACCGUACAUGGAAGCGCAUGAAGAAUGGGGGAAAAUUGCAGAUGAUGAAGGAGUGACACGGGCAGCACUUGCUUAUCGAUGGGUAAACUAUCACGGCGCCUUGAAAGCCGAGUUUGGAGAUGGAAUUGUGCUUGGAGGACGUUUGUCUCAAAUGAAGCAGACAUUUGAUGCUAUUGAUCAGGGCCCGUUGAGUAAGAAGACUACUGAGAGCAUCGAGAAACUUUGGGAAAAGCUCAAGCCUUCUGUGAAAUAUGCCGACAAUUUCGCGGCCAACAUGGCAGUCAGAUCACGUUCUUGA